GGUACACCUGGCGAAAGGACUUGCUGCUGCAGUUAAUAUGGACAAAAGGAAUUUGGCCAAAAUGGCUCGGUAUUGUCUAUCUAGUAUAGCUAAGACGAUUGUAGCAGAGUUAAGGAUGGAUGCCAUAGAACUAGCACAGAUAUUCUUAUCCGACUAUUUGAUAAGGCUAGUGGUUCAGUCCGAUAAUAAGGAGCUUACCGCCCCUAUGGACAAAAGCAAUUGGACCCAGUUAGCCGCUAAGUUAACAGGCGACCCUAAUAUAACAGACAAAGAAGAAGUACUAAAGACUUUCUUGGCAAACCUAUUACUACAAAUAAUAACGAACUGCGAGGAGGACACGGUAGCCUCCCGAGAGAACCCACCUCAUUGUAUUGGGGUAAAGAGAAGUCCCCUAGUAUCCCCUGCUACCGUACGACACCCAUGCGGGGGAUGGGAUCUUCCUGGGUUUGGCAAGGAUGUCCCUCAGGACGACCUACGGGACCAUGAAACUAUGAUUCGUGACGAGUCACAGGUAGGCCAGCAACGCCCCGUCGUCCCACCAGAGACUGAGGGCGUCCAUCCCCGCCCCAAAAGGUAUGAUGGUUUCCUUCCCUUCAACUCCGAAUAUGAAGGGGUCUUUCCCGUGGGGCAGACUGUUACCCUCACUGUAGACGGCGCUAGUACCGUCACGUCAGGUUCAGAAAUGUCUCCUGGCGAGGGGUCAGAAAGGUUAUUGUACCGACCGCGGUCUGAAAAAAGAAAACGUCACGGGACAGUGACUUGCGAAGUGAGAGACGGUGUACCAUUAGACACGUGGUGGAUGUGAUGGCACCAGUGCCUCUCUAGGUGUGCCAUCACACACAUGGUGUCUGGAUCUCAGAUUUAAAUUUGAAACCACAGAAAGGGAUUCCUUUGGAGGAUACCUAAUAGUAAUUUCAUUACUAUCCCCCUCUCGUCUCUUUCUAUUCAUUUCUCCUAAUGCCUUUCUAUCCCUCCCAUCUCGGGAGAAAAUUGACUACAUUUCAUAAUACAGUCAUAGCUACAGUGCCAAUUACAGCGAGUCAUUUUGUCGUAUAGAACUGAUGAAGUCAUCAAAUGAUCCAACAGGGACACUAGAAAUUGAAACAGAGAACAAGAGUGUGGUAAUUUUCCGCGUUUGUAAUCCACCGUCGGAGGAAUUCAGGGAACAGAUAAGGGGAAAUUGAUACCUGCCUUGCAAGCCUAAGAAUCUUACAUCAAAUAUUACCCUCCUUGGAAAUUUUAACGCUCCACACUUGGAAGACGGUAAAUUACAGCAUUGUACCAGCAAACAGCACCUGGAAG